AUGGUUGCAGAUUCAAGGGCUAGGAUGAGUAAGUUUGUAUCAGAUGUGUCCGAAAUGGUGGUUAAGGAGUGCCAAACCGCAAUGCUCAUUCAUGACAUGGAAAUCUUUCGUCUUAUGGUGCAUACACAACAAAUUGAGGAGGAAAAACUUAAGGAAAAGUCUAGGGAGGUAAAAUGGGCUAGGACCAGUUCCUACAAUGCUCCUCCUAAGUUCAACAAAGAUAGGGUGUCUAACCCUAAGCAUCAAGGAGGUAAUGGUAGUGUUUCUUCAUUGCCUAGGCCUAAUUGUACUAAGUGUGGAAAGAAGCACGAUGGUAAGUGCCUAGCCAACACAGAUGGCUGUUUUGGUUGUGGUAAGACUGGUUACAAAAUGAGGGAUUGCCCGAUGCUUGUGGCUAAAGAAAGAGAGGGCAAACAAGCUACUCCUCAUGGUUUGGGUUCCAAUGAUCCUAAGCAAAACCGGUUCUAUGCGCAUCAGACUCGAGGUGAACAAGAAGGUUCUCCUAAUAUGGUUACCGAACCUUCUGUUGUCUCUACUCCUGCUGGUGAUUUUAUUGCGGCUAUGAGGGUCUAUAGAAAGUGUCAUAACUCGUGUAGUCAAGUUUCAGUUCCCAAAUGA